AAAAUAGAGGCUUUGUAGAACCUACAGUACCACCUAUCCGUGCUGGUGAUGAGCGGGCAUUCAACGAAUUCUCUCUCAGAGUCCAAGUCAUGAUCGGCAUGUUCACAGAGGGUUUGUACUGAAGAACUGCACAGCAGGUCUUUUAAACCGACUUUCUCAUCCACAACAAACCAAAUUUAGGAGGCAUCACCACAAAAGAAACCCAGAUAAGACUAAGUUCUCCCUCGAGUUUGCAGAUUGGCUGCAGCUGGAAGCCAGCUGUAUGGAGUUUGAUCCGACUGAUGAGACAAGAGCCACAAAAUAAGAUCAAAGAGCUGCAAUCCAGGGACAAAGCAAACAAACCACCAUACUGCAUGACGCAGAACAGAGGAAGGCCAUAGAACCAACAACCAAGUCCAGGGUAGUUUACCCCAAAUUAAGUAUCUACCAAGCCCAAAGUUUUCUGCCCAUACUGCAGUGCAGAAUAUUACCUCAGCCAGUGUACCACAUUUACAGCAUUAACCAAGGAGCAAAUGAUUGGUUGGUUCAAAGACAAUAAACAGAGCUGCAAAUGUGAAUGAUCCCACGUGGCCAAAGACUGUGAUCUAAAGAGGCCUUGCCACCUUUGCCAAGCUAACACCUCUCAGUAGUCCACAACAUGAACCAAAGGAAAGGUGAGGUCACCAAUGGAAGCAGUAGCUUAUUCGACUUCACCACAGAGACUAUCUAUUUGGACCAAUCUCAUUGCGGUGGAAAAGUGUUCCUGAAAGUCAUUAAGGUUACCAUCCAUUACCAACAGAUACCUUUGCUGUACUCAAAGAUGGCUCAUAGUGCACCAUUGUACUCACCACAGCUGCACUGCAUCUUGGUCUAAAAGACAAGCCAGAACAAAUGAAUUUAUGGACGGUGAAUCAAGACAUCAGGACAUUACAUGGAAUUUCUGUAAACUUCAACCUAUCCAUCCCAAGUAACCCCAGGGUUAGGUUCAGUACUCAUGGAGCCUUUACCGCAGACCAAUUCGGACUAGCAGAAUAUACCUACACAUUGAAUAUCCUGCAGGAAAGGUAUAGAUGCCUCAGAGGGAUUCCCAUACCACCUCUGGUCAAAGCUUGUCCCCUACUGCUUAUUGGUUCAGAUUACACUGAGCUCAUCACCUCAACUGAACCAGUGUAACUGGGUCCACCUGGGGGUCCAGCAGCUGUCAGAACUCGCCUUGGCUGGACCUUGCAAGGUCCCUCCAAACAUCUCCAAGAUCAACUCCCAGUCUCACAGUGUCUGUUCACAUCUAACUGCUUACCAUGUAACUGCUGAACUGUAUCGGCAAGUUGAAAGGUUAUGGCAGAUGGACAUCCUGCCUUAUCGCAAUGAAAAGAUGGUAGUAAGGUCACAACGACCCCAUUCUUCCUUAUGAACAGCUGCAGGCCUGGCAAAGAUGGAAAACUGAACUGGAGCAUCUACCACUGAUCACCAUGCCUCGGUGUUAUGUAUCAGCUGCACUAGAUGUUCCAGAGGUGAAACGAGAAAUCCACAUCUUCUGUGACGCCUCCGAGGCAGCCUACAGUACUGUAGGAGAUGCGAGGUCAAUGGAUCGACUUAAAGCAGCUUCUCAGAAAGUCACAGACUGAACUGCUGGGGAUACAGCGACAGCUGUCAAUCAUAGCAGCAAGAGAUGCCAAUCAUUCCCGGGCCCAAAAAAAGCUGAAGCAGGAGGCCCAGCCAUUGCACCUGGCCUAUCAUGCAGCCCACCAUGUGAAUCGCUGCCGCCUCCUUGAGGACAAGAACAGAGCUCUUAAACUAGAGCUAGCCACUCUCAGACAGCAGAAACAGCAGCACCGAUCCCUGGAGACAGAGGUCAAUGACUGCAGGAAAAGGUGUCAGAUCCUUGAGAGAGAAGUGAAGAACAAGACAUUAGAAUGUAAGACUUUGAAGAAUGAGCUUCAGGAUGCUUUGCUGGAGAGAAAACGGCUCAAUCGUGAGCUGCUUAGUCACGUCCUGAAGGCAACACAGUAUGAAAAGGUAAAGUCAGACUAUGAUCGGCUCAGAAAGGCUUUUGGUUGUGUGAGUCAAGAGAAGGACUCUGCCAGGCAGGAGAAGGCUCAGCUCCAAGACAAACUGGAGAACCUUGAGCAGGUCCUGAAGCAUAUGCGAGAGGCUGCGGAUCGGCGGCAGCAAUUGGAGGCAGAGCAUGAGCAGGCCUUGGCUUUCCUCAACUCCAGACAGCAGGAGAUCAGCCUUCUGCAGAAGGUUCAGGCUGAAGCUGAAAAAGAACGUGAAGAAGUGGUGCAUCUGCUAGAGAGCCAUAUGGACAAAAUGCAGGUCAAGGUUCAUGACUUAGAGCAGAAAUGCCGGACACAGAGUGAGCAGUGCAAUAUUUUGUCGAAACAGCUGGAGAAAUAUCACGUGGGGUCAGACGCAGAGGAGACACUGAACACUGACUCAAAGGAGAAAAACUUGUGCAACAGUUACAACAGCCUGCAGCGCGAGGCUGAAAAAAGUGAUGAGAGAUCUGACGGAUCUCCACUGGUCUCAGAACUGCCCAUAGUAAAGCAACACAAAAGAGACAAGCCAGAGCAGCUGUCAGUCAAACCCACCGUCCAAACCCAGAGUCGCUCCAGUAGCCCCAUGCAAGCAUCCCUUUCAGAGAUGGAGAAUGAGGUGAGCCCAGCUCCGAGAUCCAAAACGAGAUACACAGGCCAGGUCCGCCUCUGCACUGCCCGAUACAGUUAUAAUCCCUAUGAUGGACCUAAUGAGCAUCCAGAAGCAGAGCUUCCUCUUGUGGCAGGGAAGUAUUUGUACGUAUAUGGGGGCAUGGAUGAUGAUGGAUUUUAUGAAGGAGAGCUGUUGGAUGGCCAGCGUGGCCUGGUUCCCUCAAAUUUUGUGGAGUUUGUCCAGGACAAGGAAAAGCCAUCUAUCGAGGGUGGAGAGGAGCAGGGCAGGCUGGAGCAGAGCUGUCUGAGCCUGAUGACCAUAGAUGGAGGUGCUCAUCUGGACAGCCUUAGCAGCGACGCCCUCGGCCACUGCACCAACGGGACAGGUGCACUGGAUGGAGAGGAGCUGGGUGACGACAUCGUGCCUUACCCCAGGAAGAUCAGCCUAAUCAAACAGCUGGCAAGAAGUGUGAUAGUGGCCUGGGAAGCACCUCUAGUGCCCCUUGGCUGGGGCAACAUCAACGGCUAUAAUAUCUUAGUGGACGGGGAAGUACGUUCCUCUGUGCCAUUUGGAGGCAGGACCAAACUGCUUCUCGAGAAGCUGGACCUGGCUUCCUGCACAUACCGUGUGUCGGUACAGAGCGUGACAGACAGGGGGCUCUCCGAUGAGUUGCGCUGCACCUUGCUGGUGGGCCGCAAUGUUGUGGUGGCACCAACCGGCCUGCGCAUGGAUGAUAUUUUACGUGACUCCGCAGAACUUUCGUGGCUUCCCAGUAAUAGUAACUAUGCCCAUGUUGUGUACUUAGAUGGUGUGGAGCAUGUUGUGGUGAAGCCGUGCUUUUACAAACUGCGUUUUUUGAACCUGAAGGCCGCCACAGUGUACAAGGUAAAAGUGUUGGCCAAACCUCACCAGGUGCCCUGGCACAUGCCCCUGGAACAGAGAGAGAAGAGAGAGGCUGGGGUGGAGUUCUGCACCCAAGCUGCAGGACCCCCUCUGCCUCCUCAAGAAGUCCAGGUCCAGUGUGGACACGUCCCAGGGGUCCUCCAAGUCUGUUGGAAGCGCCCUCCAAUGACAACCAUGGGAACCUCCAAUGGAGCAAAUGUCAUUGGCUACGCAGUGUGCACAAAGGGUCAGAGGAUCGCUGAGGUGAUGUAUCCACUGGCAGACUAUGUGGCAGUAGAACUGAACCGUCUCCAGUGCUUGGAGGCCCAUGAGGUUAUUGUCAGGACUUUAUCAGCACAAGGGGAAUCUCAAGACUCCCAUGCCGCCGUCAUUCCUAACCACCUGCUGGUGCCUCUUCCUAAAACCCUCCCUCCUUCUCACCACAUGCCCCAGCAGUCCCAACCAAUGCCUCCUCAUCCUCAAAUGAGUGGUCCCCGGUCCCUUCCCCCUCACCCUGGACCCCAACCACCCACCCAUCUCCAACCCCUUCCCGAUCACACCAACCAGCCCCCAUCUCAUCUCCAUCCCCACCGUAUGCCCCAUCCCACACAGCCCUCUCCACCCCACCUCCAGCCUUUACCACCACACCACAUUCCAAUGCCUCAGCCUCAGACAUCCAUGCCAAUGCCCCAACCCCAGCCACCCAUGCCUAUGCCUCAACCCCAACAGCCCAUGGCCAUGCCCCAACCCCAGCCAGGCAUCCCCAUGCUCCAACCCCAGCCCACUAUCCCGAUGCCCCAGCCUCACAUUCCCCAACUGCCCCUUCCCCAAUCCCAAAGACCACUAAGUGCCAGAGAGCUGGAAACCAAAGAGCAAGGGCUAGAAAUGCUUCAUCAUGGAGGGGGCCCACCUCAGCCAUGGGAGCCCGGCUGCUCCCCAUCUGGCCUGCAUACUGGCUUGCCACACGGACACACCCUGGAUGCCCCAGCCUGCCCAAAUCACCGCUCCCCAUCACCUCAAAGGAUCCUCCCCCAGCCCAGGGGUACGCUCAUUCCUGACACUGUAGCCAAGGCUAUUGCCCGAGAGGCAGCCCAAAGAGUGGCUGCAGAGAGUGGACGGAUCGAGAGGAGAAGCCAGGGCUUUCACUCUCAAAAUUCAGAUGAGGAAGAGGAUGAGGAUGAGGAAAGCUAUCAGGCCCGCAGAAGAGGAGCAUCUAUGGAUGACUUCCUCAGGGGCUCAGAGCUGGGCAGGCAGUCUUGUUACAGUCACAGCGAAGAGUAUCAUACAGACAGCAGUCGAGGCUCGGACCUCUCAGACAUCAUGGAAGAGGACGAGGAGGAGUUGUAUUCUGAAAUGCAGCAUGAAGAAGGCAGGCGACGAAACUCCCACAAUGCACCCAAGACCGGAGCCAGCACUCCAUCUUCGAGUCAGCUGGAUCGGGAAUCAUACCGGAAGCCAUCUCACCGAGAACCUCAACCUCAGCGCCGACCCCUCACGGUUCCAUCCAUUGGUCAGUGCUCUUCCAAUGAAUACCGGGACCGAAGCCGCCGCUCUCCUCCCUACUAUGAUGAGUCUGAGCAGGAGGAUCCGUUUCGAAUCUUUGUGGCGCUCUUUGACUAUGACCCUCUUUCCAUGUCCCCUAACCCUGAUGCAGCUGAUGAGGAGCUCCCGUUUAAAGAGGGACAGAUAAUCAAGGUGUAUGGGGAUAAGGAUAACGAUGGCUUUUAUCGUGGGGAGAUCCGGGGCAGGUCUGGACUUAUUCCCUGUAACAUGGUGUCGGAAAUCCGUGCUGAGGAUGAUGAAACCAUGGAGCAGCUCAUGAAACAGGGAUUUCUCCCUCUCAACACUCCUGUAGACAGAAUAGAACAAAAUAGGAGAGGUCGCCACCCAGUGGCCACAAGAAGAAUGGUUGCCCUGUACGACUAUGACCCCAGAGAGAGCUCCCCAAACGUGGAUGUUGAGGCUGAGCUGACAUUCUGUGCUGGCGAUAUCCUUGCUGUUUUUGGGGAUAUAGAUGAAGACGGCUUCUAUUAUGGUGAGCUCAAUGGACAUCGGGGCUUGGUUCCAUCCAAUUUUCUCGAAGAAGUGCCUGAUGAUGUGGAGGUCUAUCUGACGGACACUCCGUCCCACCAUGGCCAGGACGAGCUCAAUCCAGUACUGGCACCUCGUCCAGAGACCAAACGGGUGCCUGUGGAAAGUACAGUGCCAGCUCCGGCCCCUGGAAGACCCGCCUCUCCCACUGUGCGUCCGUUGCUUCCUGUUGGCCCAGUCAGGCCGAUGAGCCCUGCCAGGGGUCCAAGAGACCUGGCAUCUAAAAAGAAAAAAGGACUGCUCUCUAAGGGGAAGAAACUGCUCAAAAAGUUCUCAAAGUGAAAGUAUGAGUUUGAUUUCAAAUUCAUAUGGCUACAACAGCAUAUGAUUUCUCUGUCAAAAAGAGUUUUGAGAAAGUCUUUGGUGAUUUUUUUUUUUUGACACACACACAAAAAAAAUCUAAACAACUUUCACAUUAACAUGCCACGUACAUAUCAUGAAAUAGAUCUAAUAUCCAGAUGAAAAGGAAUGACAGAUAUAGUGAUGCCACUCAUUUGUCAGUGAGCUUGCUAAUUGGCUGUCAGAAAGAAAGCAUCUAUUCAUACUGUGAGGUAGAGGACAAAGAGACAUUAGUAAUAUUUAAGGAAUUCCUUUUAUUAUAAUUUCCAUAUUUCAAGUCAAAGCGCUGGAUUUUGAAUGAAAUAUUCAAUCUCAUAGAUUUUAAAGUUUGCUAUAGCAUUUGGUGAUAAAAACAGUUCAAUAAGCACUUCAAAUAUGGUCUGACAUUGACAGUCAAGUGUAAAAACUGAUAUAAACCUCAGACCAUAUUAAGUGCAUUAGUCCGAAACACAAAAAGGACCACGAUCAAAAAAACAUAUUUCCAUAGAAAGAUGGGCAAGGUGCAAAAUGGCAUAACUGACUAGGACAGUCUAUGAGCAAAUCCUUUUAAACAUUGCUGUGGCCUUCAUAUAAACUCAGUAAGUACAGUAUAUUACCUACGUCUGAUGUCUCCAUACAUCAGUCUUUGCCAAGUAUCCUCCUUUUUGCUUGUUCUAAGAUCUCCCUUUCCAGUGUCUAUCACAGGAAUGACUGAAGUUAUAAAAAUACAAUGGAAAGUUUCUGUGUUUGCUUUUCAAUGCACAAUCGGUGUGUUUUGGUGAAUGGCUCGU